UAAGAAGAAAAAAUUAAUUCAUAAAUGGAAAUUUGUAAAGGUAUAUUUUGCAAACUCUGCAUCAGUACUGUGAGUAACGAAAAUUUUACAGUAAUAGAGGAAUCAACAAGAGAAAUUUUGAAGACUGUUUCACUGAAAUUGGGGUUGGACAACUAUAAAAAUGUCAUGUGUUCUACCUGUUCUUAUAAACUGUACUCUGCAUUUGACUUUAAAUCUACAUGUCUCUACGUUGAGGACAAGAUUGUUUCUUACGUUAAUCCCACACUGACCUUCGUCGACUUGAGAGAAGUUUAUUUAAAAGAUCAGGAAAACAAGCCAUCGGUAAACAUGGAAAAUGAUCAGAAAAUAUAUCGAUUAUGUUUGCAGUUAGUUAGCGAAGGAGGAUUUAUAUCGUUUUAUGAAGUGAAGUUAGAGGUGAUUCGUAGAUGCCUCCCGGAUAUGAAUUUUGGUAUCACUGAAGAUCCCGUCAUUUGUAGGCAGUGCUUUGAUAAACUAAACAUCCACGAUGCCUUCAUAAGGACUUGUUUGGAUGUUCAAUCAAAAAUUUAUAACAGAUGUGACGACACUCUUAAAGGUUUCGAGCAUAUCAAAAGAGAAAACAAUGAAAUAAAAUUAGAACAGAUGAAGGAGGGGUUAAUUAAAAAUGAAAACUAUCUGGAGAUGGAUGAAGCGCUGAUCGAAACUGAAGAAAUUAAUAUAAAAUUUGAAAAGGAGGAAUGGGAAAGUAAUUACUCUUUGUAUGACGUACAUAAUGAAGCAAUCAAAAAUAAAAUGAAGACCACUUAUGACAUAGCAAAAAUAGAGAAUGAAGAUAUAGAUGUGUGUGAUAGGGAAGUCCAAGUAAGCAAACCCAAUGUUCCAUUUAAUGCGCCGUCGUAUAAUAGUGAUUAUAAAAACGAAUGUAACAGUGGUCUAGAACAGGAAGCCGCUCCGGGACUUACACAUCGCAAGAAAAGUUCCAAAUCCCAUAACUUAAUACUCCGAGAUCUUUCUAAAGCACGAACGUACAAAUGUAAUACGUGUGAUUAUGUAACCAAAUAUAGGGGCGAUUUGAGGAGGCAUCAGUUAUCUCACAAAGACCCUUCAGAAAUCCAAAUGUACAAAUGUGAUACGUGCAAUUAUGAAAGUAAACGUAGGUGUGAUCUGAAAAAUCACCAGUUAACGCACAAAGACACCUCGGAAAUCCAAAUGUACAAGUGUGAUACUUGUACCUACGAAACUAAAUAUAAGAAACAUCUAAAGCCACAUCAGUUAACACACAAAGAUUCUUCUGAAAUCCAAAUGUACAAGUGCGACGCAUGUACUUACGAGAGUAAGUUUAAAAGGAACCUAAAAUUGCAUCAGUUAACACACAAGGAUUCUUCAGAAAUCAGAGUAUACCAUUGUGAUACUUGCACCUUUCAAACUAAACACAAGCACCGUCUAAAGUAUCAUCAGUUACUCCACAAAGACCCCUCAGAAAUCCAAAUGCACAAGUGCGAUACGUGCAGCUUUGAAACUAAAUACAAGCGUGCUCUAAAAGUACAUCAGCUGAUACACAAAGACCCUUCGGAAGUCCAAAUGUACACGUGCGGCAAAUGUAACUUUAAAACUAAGUACAGGGACAAUAUCAAAAGUCACCUACAGCUGCACGAGAACCCUUCCACGGCACAAACUUGGGAAGGUGAUACGCUCAACAGCACUGUCGGUAAACAGUAUCCUUUAUGUAAUCCGUCUAUAUAUCCUACACAAGUUCAAGUAUACAGAUGUAACGAAUGUGUCUUCGAGAGCACUUAUAAACAGAGCUUAAGGAAUCAUAUCUUGAAACACCGGGAUCCCUCGAAAGUGCAGAUGCACAAGUGCGAUAAAUGCGUCUUCCAAACUAGACAUAAGCGUAGUUUACCUAAACAUCGGUUAACGCACAAAGACUCUUCGGUAGCGUAAGUGUGCACAGGCAAUUAUAUACAAUUUUUUGGUGAUCGAUCGAUCAAUUUGAAUUAGUUGAAAGUUGGAAAAUAAUAAUGAAGACUUUUAUUGGUUAAAAUAAAUUUAACCACGUCAAGUUCGAAAACGCUCGAGAAAUUCCCAUGAAGACGCAAUUCUGUUGACUUUGUGUUGAUCGGUGAGCUGUUUUGGUAACCAAGUGUUUCAGUAAUCAUUUCAUGCAAAAGGGAUCCGUAGAUUUGUAGAAACACUGGGCUCAUCUUGGCAAAGUGUCAAUUGAUGGUCACCAUGAAGAAUUUCUUUGAUCUUGUUCGCCAUCUCGUUUGACUGAGACAAAUGAGUGCACAUUCUAUUCUCAACACCUUGGCCUUGAAUGCAUGUUGCCAACUUUGUUGAAAUCAAAAACCACAGAGGAGUCUCGGUACUCUUAUUUUGUGGAUCUGCCUCGUAGAACCACAGAUUAUGGAGUCUAUUUGAAUAAUCUAGGGAACAGUAAAAAAAAAUUAAUUUAAUUUAUUGUGCAGUGUGAUUAUUGCAGUUAAUAUUUUGUAUUGUUGGAACUACAAAAAAUAUAUAUCUUUUACAUUUAUUUGUUCACAUUCGGUGAAUCAUGGAAAUAACGGUAUUAUAUCUUCAAACAUUUAUUCAUCAAUAAUUUCACCGUCCCUAUCAUCGACUAAAAUGAAUCAGAUCAACUUGAAAUUAUCGACAUCUAUCUAUCAUUUUUCCCGUUAACAUUUUUCUGAAAAAUAAAAUCUAAUUAAUAAUAUUUUUCCUGCUAAUGACAUUUUUUUCACGAGUCAAAACUCCAAUUUUCGUUUCUGGAAGAAAAUGAAAAUGUAGAUUUGCGGUUUUCUUAAUGAAAACAC